AUGAGGGGGCUGCUGGUGGGUGCUCACACGGCGUAUGGGCAGGCGAGCAGCACACAUGCAGUGACGGCACCGGGGCCAGGGGGGGACAGCGCCGAGGUGCAUAGGCGAGGGGACGGGCAAGAGCAGGUGGCGCAGGCUCAGGAGCAGCAGGUGGGCGCAGCGGCGGAGGGGGAGGCGGGGGGCAGGGAAGAGGCAUCGGCAGCAGCAACGCCAGCGUCAUUUGCGGAGGUGCAGCAGGCAGGGGCAGCAGAGGGAGCGUGGCAGGCGGGUGGUCGUGGCAAUGGCAAUGGCAGUGCAGGCCGUGCACACAGCUCUUCUCCCUCACACGCGGCGGUGCAUGGCGCAGUGCAGGAUGCGCGUGGGUGGGAGGGGGCGAUGGCAGCGCGGGCAGCAGCAGCAGGAGUGGACGCAAAGAAGAGGCUGGCGGCUCAAGUGGCGCGUCGGCACGCCCAAGGAGGCCCGUUCGCGCCCCUGCACGGCGGGGAGAGCGGUGCUUCUGAUGGCCGUGCAGGCGUGGCAGCGAUGCGUGGGGCGGGAGAAGGGGAGAGGAGCAGUGCAGGCGCACAGCACAGCGGGGGCGGCAGCACGAGCAGGAGGCACAGCAGUUGGCGCAGGGUGAAUGGCAGCGCUGCAGCUGCUGGCCCCCAAGCGUUCAUGGGAGCAGCAGGCGUGGCGGGGCAUGGUCACCACCAGGAGAGGCAUGGCUCCAGUGCCCCCUCGCACGCCCCUUAUGCCCCUCGUGCUGCCCUGCCGCAACACAGGAAGCACAGGUCCCAUCGGCACAGGCAGCGCGCAGCAGCGGAGGCGCAGGUUGAGCUGGUGGGGACAGUGACUCGCGUGGUGGCCGAGCGCAACGGGUGGAUGGUCUUCAAACUCGAUGUUUCCUCGAUGCUCUCUCACCCCACAGAGCUGCCAGCGGCGCUCGUGCAACCUGGUAAUGGCGCAGGUGCAGCAGAGGUAGGGGGGGGCGGCACGGCAGGGGAGGGUGUGGAUGCUGCUUUGAGUAUUGACGAGGGCGGAAGCGUGGAGAGGGCAAGAGCAGCAGCGUUGGUGGGGCGGGGCGGGGGCGAGGGGCUGAGUGAGGAGGAGAGGGCGACGCUGCAGCUGCACAUGCUGGCGGGGCAGCUGGCGGUGGUGGGCGUGGUGGGGAGUGUGAAGGCGGGGCAGCAGCUGCGCGUGAUGGGGCGGUGGGUGAGCAGCAAGUACGGCCCGCAGCUCCAAGCCAGAGAGGCGCACGCUGUACUGCCCCAGCAGACGGAGGACAUUGAAACGUACCUAGCGGAGCUGCUUCCAGGGGUGGGACCCAAGACAGCCAGGGCACUGCUGGACCACUUUGGUGCCGCCAUCUAUGCCACGCUCAACAGCGCCAAGGCCAUCACAGCGCUGCAAGAGGUGCCUGGCAUAGGAAAACUGACCGCGAAGCGCAUAAAGACAGCAUGGGACAAGGCGAGGACGAUGCGGGAGGGGCACAACCAGCUGGUGCAGCUGGGCAUUCCGCCCCUGGCUGUCGUGGAGCUCAUAAGGCAGCACCCAAUGGACGCUGUGAGUGUGGUACACGCGGAUCCCUGGGCAGCACUGCAGGCCGUCCCCGCCGUGCCCUUCGACCUGAUCGAUUCCGUGGCUCGCAAGCUCGGGUGCUCCCCCGCACACCCCUCGCGCCCCUGCGCUCUGCUACAGGCGUCCCUAGUGGACCUCUGCCCCAACAGCUGCCAUGUGUUCGUCCCCUGGUCGCUCCUGCUGCGGUAUGCUGCCCGGCUGCUCGCUUCCUGCCACGAGGAAGACCUUUAUGAGGGCGGGGAAGGGGAGGAGUGGCAGCAGCAGCAGCAGGAGGCGUGGGAGUGGGGCAGGGCGAUGGAGGAGGGACGGCUGGAGGAGGCGAUGGGGGAGCUGCAGAGGAGGGGUGUCGUGGUGGUGGAGAGAGCCGAGGACCAUGGCAGUAAUGGGCAUGCAGGGCGGGCAUGGCGUGCAGGGCGUGCAGUGAGCAGUGGUGGCAGUGGGAGCAGUUCUGGGUGGAGCGAUGCGAGUGGGUGGAGUAGUGGCAGUGAGGGUAGCGGGAGUGAGGGCAGUGGGGAUGGGGAGUGGGAGGCCGUGCGCGCGGAGCAGUCAAGCGCAGAGGGCGGAGGGCCAGCAUUGGGGCGCAAUGACCGAUGCUACCUCGCAUGGAUGCUGCAGGCAGAGAGGGAGGUGGCGCAGCAGAUGGCGGUGAGGGCGAGUCGGGGCGUGCACGGAGCAGAGCAGCUGCAGUACGUGCGCGAGUGGGUGCAGCAAGAGGAGGCGCACGCAGAGCAGCACCUCACGGCGGAGCAGUGCGCUGCGGUGGAGGCAGCAGCGCUGGCGCACGUGAUGGUGCUCACGGGGGGCCCUGGCUGUGGCAAGACGUACACCACUCGCCUCAUCACUCGCCUCUGGACUGCUCAGGACAAACAGGUGAUGCUGUGCGCGCCUACGGGGCGGGCAGCGCAGCGGCUGGAGGAGGCGACGAAGCAGAAGGCGCACACCAUUCACAAGCUGCUGGGAUAUUCAUCCAAUUCAACGGACCAAGAGCUUGCUGCUGCCAUGGGUGUCGCAGGAGUGGGUGGGGCGGGCAUGGUGUGCGAUGAUGCUCUGGGCAACGACCUGCCGCUGUUCAACCACAACAGAGACAACCCUCUCAAGGUGGACGCCAUAAUAGUGGACGAGGCAUCGAUGCUGGAUGUGCCGCUGGUGGCAGCGCUGCUAGCAGCGUGCCCUCCGCACUGCCAGAUCCUCUUCGUGGGGGACAAGGACCAGCUGCAACCCGUUGGACCCGGCAACUUCCUUGCCGAUAUCAUGGGUCUCACCUCCGACUGUGUGCUCCUGCAUGCGAGGACGCACGGGGAAAUGGAGGUGGUGAUGCAGCAUGUGCUCACGCGUGUGCUGCCGCACCUCACAGCAUCGCCGCGCGACGACGUGCAGGUGCUGGCGCCCGUGCAGCGCGGCCCCUUCGGCGUCAUGCUGCUCAACAACCGACUGCAGCAGCUGCUGAACCCGCCGUGCAGCAGCAAGAGGGAGCACCGUGUGGGGCCAGACAUGGUGUUCCGAGAGGGCGAUCGGGUCGUCCAGCUGCGCAACGACUACAUGUUGGAUGUGAGCAACGGCGACCUGGGAAUCAUCACCAAGAUCGUGCACGGCGACAAAAAGGUGGAGCUGCAUGUGGACAUGCUAUCGGGCAGCACUGCUGCCCCACAGCGAGUCAUCUACACCAACGACCAUCUCAAACACCUCACUCAAGCAUGGAGCAUCACGGUGCACAAGGCGCAGGGCAGUGAAUACCCCAUCGUCAUCCUCCCUCUCUCUGCUGACUAUGGCAACUUCUUCAGUCGCAACCUGCUGUACACAGGCCUCACGCGAGCGCGCAAGUUGGUGUUCCUCAUCGGGCGAGAGGAGGAGGCCAUGGCAGCGCUGCACCGCACGCGGCAGGAGCACCGCCACACGCGCCUGCUGCACCGCCUGCUCGAGUACUGGCAGUACUGCACUGGUGACUCCACCCACGGGCCCCUCCCACCCUCUCACAGCCCAUAG